UUUCACGCGCAUACAGAGCGGAUAAAAGAGAUGCUGGCAACCUCUCCCGCUAAUCACCGGGGAAAUAUUGGGAUUGUAAGUAAAGAUGAGAAAGCGGGUGACAUUUGUUGAGCAGCUGAAAAAAGAAACCCUGUUAAAAAAUGCAAGUGGGCACAUCUGUAGGAGCUCUGCAGUGUCUAACCAGAGAAGCACACCGGCCUUUGAAAGUCUUCCUAUCCAGCAAGUGAGAGAGCUGCACAGAGGACGGCACAUGGACACGCAUGCAGGCAGCCAGCACAUGAACACAAUACUCAUUCCCAAAUCUUUGAUGUCUGCACCCUUCUUACAGCACCCGGCCCUCACAGCUGGGCAGAGACGCCACCUCUGCAGCAUAGCAAAUAUUUACAGUACUGCGCAGAUGAGGCAGCAGAUGAAGCAGCGCUAUCUCAACGUGCUGCACAAAUGUCAGAAUCCCACUUGCAGAAGGAGGCUUGGGAUUCAACAGCAUAGAGAAGAUAGUACACUCGCAAAGGAUGCAGAGAAGGAUGUGGCGAGGGCGAAGCCUCAAGCACAGAGGAAAAGCAGAAGCAGCAGCACAGCUCAUUCUGAUGUCAUACUUCCAAAAAUAAUGAACUGACGACCAAAAGGAUUUCACUAGAGUGCAUUAAUGACCUUAUAGUGAGACCUUUAUGUUCAUCUUAAAAUCAAUACAUGCAGUCUUAUUUUUACACAUUUUCAAAAAUGAUAUUAAGCAUCUCUAAUAAAGAACUGUGUGCCGUCUUAUUUACAUGGAUAUUAUUACCAGAUGUGUUCGGGAACCAAACAAAGUUGCAACACCACACCUAGAGCUUUCAUAUUUUUAUGUUCAGUUAGUUCAAUCUCGAUUUGUUUUUUUUCAUAAAGCUUCCCUGUAUUCCUAAUCAUACUUUAGUAAAGACACGUGAAUUAAUAUUGUGUGCCCCUGAGUUCUGUCAUUGUAUGUGCUUUUCUAAUUAACUCUUAUUUCAAUAUACUGU